ACGUUUCAAGGUUUAGUCUCUUUUCUUCCACCGUUUCAAGUUUCAAAGUUCAUACACGACGACUUGUUUGAUUAUAUAUAAGUUUCGUGCGUGGAAUGACAUUUCUGUUUGACUUUUGACAUUUUCUGUUUCUACAUUGGUCAAUAUUGCAACAUUUAGCUGCUGGCUCAGGCUCCCUCACACAGAUCACUAUCAUGUAGCGCGUAUUUUUAUUUUUAUAAACCUACCUAAGAAGACUAAUCAUCGUUAUAAUAAGAGACAUUCCUCCACCUUUAUCUUUAUAAAUCAUAUCCAUUUGAGAUUAAUCAAAACACAGAAGCAGAAAUGGAUGAGAUCAAAGCCAGACGCAUAAUACUCCUCUCUAUCAUAUUCCUCUUCUUCUUUUCCGAGAAAGUUCUUUUGGGUUCAGCUAACGAGCAUGGGUCAAGGAAUCUUGCAGUGGUGAUGAAGCAACGGGUGAGAAACAGAGGGCCUCGUGACACUAACACAACGUCCGCAGCUUCUACUAUGAUGUUCCCAGGGUCCUUCCAUGUGGGUGCUGCUUCCUCCUUCCUACUCGCUCUUCUUUUAUAGUUUAUGUUCAUAGUGAUUGUGUGAUUUGUAUUAUUGUAGAUUCAGGGGACUCCUUUUUAUUCUUUUUUGUUUAUUGGAGUUAUUUUAAAUAAAAUAUCUAAUGGUAUCAACCU